UGCCUGGGCGACGGGAGCAUCUAAGAGCCGCUGAUACUCACGGUUGCUGACUGAAAAGAAGUUUCCUGUUGCGGGGCCUUGACGGCUGGCGUCGUCCUCUCGGGGUUCCCAGGAUGUUCUUUUACCUGAGCAAGAAAAUUGCCAUUCCCAAUAACGUGAAGCUGAAAUGCAUAUCUUGGAACAAGGACCAAGGAUUCAUAGCGUGUGGUGGUGAAGAUGGAUUGCUGAAAGUUUUGAAAUUAGAGACACAGACAGAUGAUGCAAAAUUGAGAGGUCUUGCAGCCCCUAGUAACCUUUCUAUGAAUCAGACUCUUGAAGGUCAUAGUGGUUCUGUUCAAGUGGUAACAUGGAAUGAACAAUAUCAGAAGUUGACUACCAGUGAUCAAAAUGGGCUUAUCAUUGUGUGGAUGUUAUAUAAAGGCUCUUGGUAUGAAGAGAUGAUCAACAAUAGAAAUAAAUCAGUGGUUCGAAGUAUGAGCUGGAAUGCUGACGGGCAGAAGAUCUGCAUUGUCUAUGAAGACGGGGCUGUGAUAGUCGGUUCGGUGGACGGGAAUCGUAUUUGGGGAAAAGACCUGAAGGGUAUUCAGUUAUGCCAUGUAGCCUGGUCUGUGGAUAGUAAAGUCUUACUCUUUGGAAUGGCAAAUGGAGAAAUACACAUUUAUGAUAAUCAAGGAAACUUUAUAAUGAAAAUGAAACUGAAUUGUUUGGUGAACGUCACCGGAGCCAUCAGUAUUGCGGGAAUUCAUUGGUACCAUGGCACCGAAGGCUACGUGGAGCCAGAUUGUCCUUGCCUUGCUAUUUGUUUUGACAAUGGGAGAUGCCAAAUAAUGAGACAUGAGAAUGACCAAAAUCCUGUUCUGAUUGAUACUGGCAUGUAUGUGGUGAGUAUCCAGUGGAACCACACUGGCAGCGUGCUAGCUGUGGCAGGCUCCCAGAAGGCCGUCGCUCAGGAUAAAGAUGUAAACACUGUGCAAUUUUACACUCCAUUUGGUGAGCAUCUAGGUACUUUGAAGGUUCCUGGAAAGCAUAUGUCUGCACUAUCUUGGGAAGGAGGUGGACUGAAAAUUGCACUAGCUGUUGAUUCUUUCAUCUAUUUUGCAAAUAUUCGACCUGAUUAUAAGUGGGGUUAUUGCUCAAAUACUGUAGUUUAUGCUUAUACCAGACCCGAUCGUCCCGAGUACUGUGUUGUCUUUUGGGAUACGAAAAACAAUGAGAAAUAUGUUAAGUAUGUGAAGAGUCUCAUUUCUAUUACUACGUGUGGAGAUUUCUGCAUUUUGGCUACGAAAGCCGAUGAAAAUCACCCUCAGUUUGUGCUAGUUCUUUGUAAUUCUAUUGGCACGCCCUUGGAUCCCAAAUACAUUGAUAUUGUACCAUUAUUUGUUGCGAUGACCAAAACCCAUGUGAUAGCAGCUUCGAAAGAAGCGUUUUAUACCUGGCAAUAUCGUGUGGCAAAGAAGCUCACAGCACUGGAAAUUAAUCAGAUCACACGGUCUCGAAAAGAAGGGAGAGAAAGAAUUUUUCAUGUUGAUGAUACUCCUUCUGGAUCAGUGGAUGGGGUGCUUGAUUAUAGUAAAGCCAUUCAAGGCACAAGGGAUCCAAUUUGUGCCAUAACGGCAUCUGAUAAGACAUUGAUUGUGGGUCGUGAAUCUGGCACCAUUCAGAGAUAUAGUCUUCCUAAUGUUGGUUUGAUUCAAAAAUAUUCCCUUAACUGUCGAGCCUACCAGUUAUCCUUGAAUUGCAACUCUAGUCGUCUUGCUAUCAUAGACAUCUCAGGGGUCCUCACUUUCUUUGACUUGGAUGCCCGAGUAACAGACAGCACAGGACAGCAAGUCAUUGGCGAGUUGUUAAAAUUGGAGCGAAAAGAUGUUUGGGAUAUGAAGUGGGCCAAAGAUAAUCCUGAUUUGUUUGCAAUGAUGGAGAAGACAAGAAUGUAUGUUUUCAGAAACUUGGAUCCUGAGGAACCCAUUCAGACGUCUGGAUAUAUUUGUAACUUUGAGGAUUUAGAAAUUAAAUCUGUUCUUUUGGAUGAGAUAUUAAAGAAUCCAGAACAUCCAAAUAAGGAUUAUAUAAUUAACUUUGAGAUUCGGUCCCUGCGAGAUAGUCGAGCAUUGAUUGAGAAGGUUGGAAUUGAAGAUGCAUCUCAAUUCAUAGAGGACAAUCCACAUCCCCGACUCUGGCGCCUACUGGCUGAAGCAGCUCUUCAGAAGCUAGAUUUGCACACUGCGGAGCAAGCAUUUGUGCGCUGCAAAGAUUACCAAGGCAUUAAGUUUGUGAAGCGCCUGGGCAAUCUACAGAGUGAGUCCAUGAAGCAGGCUGAAGUGGCUGCUUACUUUGGCAGAUUCGAAGAGGCUGAGAGAAUGUAUCUUGAUAUGGACAGAAGAGAUCUUGCUAUUGGCCUCCGGCUGAAAUUGGGAGAUUGGUUUAGAGUACUCCAACUCCUGAAAACUGGAUCUGGUGAUGCGGAUGACAGUCUCCUUGAACAAGCUCACAAUGCCAUUGGAGACUACUUCGCUGAUCGACAAAAGUGGUUGAAUGCUGUACAAUAUUAUGUACAAGGCCGGAACCAGGAGCGCUUAGCGGAAUGUUACUACAUGUUAGAAGAUUAUGAGGGGUUGGAGAAUCUUGCCAAUUCACUUCCAGAACACCACAAGUUGCUUCCAGAAAUAGCACAAAUGUUUGUGAGAGUUGGAAUGUGUGAACAAGCAGUGACUGCAUUUUUGAAAUGUAAUCAGCCAAAGGCAGCAGUAGAUACCUGUGUGCAUCUCAACCAAUGGAACAAAGCUGUUGAAUUGGCUAAAAAUCAUAGUAUGAAAGAAAUUGGAUCCCUUUUAGCGAGGUAUGCAUCUCAUUUAUUGGAAAAGAAUAAAACUCUUGAUGCCAUAGAACUCUACCGGAAAGCCAAUUACUUUUAUGAUGCUGCUAAACUGAUGUUUAAGAUUGCAGAUGAAGAGGCAAAGAAAAGAACUAAACCUUUACGUGUGAAGAAGCUGUAUGUCCUGUCAGCGUUACUAAUAGAGCAAUACCACGAACAGAUGAAGAAUGCCCAGCGAGGGAAAGUUAAAGGGAAGGGUUCAGAGGCCACUUCCGCUUUGGCUGGUUUGCUGGAAGAGGAAGUUCUGUCCACAGCAAGUCGCUUCACAGACAAUGCUUGGAGAGGGGCUGAGGCUUACCACUUCUUCAUCCUGGCCCAGAGGCAGCUCUACGAGGGCUACGUGGACACUGCGCUGAAGACAGCUCUUCACCUGAGAGACUAUGAAGACAUCAUCCCUGCCGUUGAGAUCUACUCUCUGUUAGCACUCUGUGCGUGUGCCAGCAGAGCUUUUGGUACUUGUUCAAAAGCUUUUAUUAAACUCGAAUCUUUAGAGACCCUCAGUUCAGAACAGAAACAGCAAUAUGAAGAUCUUGCUCUAGAAAUCUUCACCAAACAUACUCCAAAAGAUAACAGAAAAUCGGAGCUGGACAACCUUCUUGAAGGAGGGGAAGGGAAACUGCCAACAUGUGUUGCCACAGGAAGCCCAAUCACCGAAUAUCAGUUCUGGAUGUGCAGUGUAUGCAAGCACUGUGUGCUGGCUCAGGAGAUCAGUAACUACAGCUUCUGUCCCUUAUGCCAUAGUUCAGUGGGAUAAAGAAGUGACAAACUGCGUAAAAUUGUGAAAUAUAUGUAGCAAAUAUAUAUAGCUGUAACUGUAUAUAUAAUAAGGUUGACUUCCAUAUGUUUUUAUAAAUAUAUAUAGACUUCCAUAUGUUUUUAUAUAUAUAUAAUUUUGUGUAAAAAUACAACUGUGAAAUGAUGCUGGUUUUCAAUAAAACAUGUGGAAAUCAACCUUAUUUUCUGUCUGUCUGUCUAUCUUGUGGUUGGUUACAUGAUGCUAUGGAAAUAUUCCGAAUGGGAAAUUUUUUCUCACACUGUCAAGGUUACUAAUUCCUUAAAAAAUCUUGGUGGGGGCAGGGACAGGGGAAGUAUAAGAGUGGGGCAAAGUUGAGUUUAGGGAAUUGAUAUAACCUGUAUUAGAAGGAGGUUAAACAACUAUAAGACUGAAAUGAGCUCUAACUCUUGCUGUAUUUAAUUAAAUAAGUUGUGGAAUGUCUUCUCUAUUUCAUUUUCAGAAGUGAAGAGAAGGCAUUUUGAGACAUUUUCUACAUUGUUUCUAAUAGCUUUAUUUUUUAUAUAGCUUUUCCUUUGUUAUCUACCCUUUUAGUCUCAUCUAAAAGAUGGCAUUUGGCAUUUACUCUUCGUGUUAUUGUGCAUAAAACUUGGCUCUAUAUCAAUUUAUACAAAACAUCCAUUUUCUAGUUACAGUUUCAGUUGAAACAUUGCCACCAAGCUGGACCCUUGAAUAAGCAGCUCUCGGGCUGUAGGGAGUGAUUCUUUCUUGAUACGCAUCUGUUUUGACUUAUUAUCAUUAUUUAAAAAAGAACAAAUUGUAAUCAGUAAUUGGUAAUUUCUUACCUGUUUUAUGUAGCUAAUAAUGUUCUCCAUUUAUUUCUAAUGAACUUACAUCUUCUCAUUUUGUGGCUGCAGACCAGACUCUAGCACAAUUUCAUCAAGAUUAUUUGCUGAAGUUUGGCUCAUGUUUAGUGGAGGCAAUAAAUAAAGAGAAAUAUGCAACAUUGUUAUUGCAGCUGCAAUACUUAGGUCAGUUAACUCUCUCAAUGUGAUAUGAUUUUGGUCUUUUAGAGACAAAUUAAGCCUGUUGCAGACUGAGAAUAGUGAGCUAUGAGAAGAGGUUUAGAGCCUACAUGAGUUUAUGACAGCGGGCUCAUGUGCCUAAAUAAAAUGAGAUCAGAAGUC